ACACCAUUCCACUCUAUCCUAACCACCUUCAUUGCUCUCGAGGCCCCUGCUGCCUACUCUCCCCCUUUUUGUUGAACCCUUCUGGAAAUUGUGGACGGCAUUUACCUUAUUCCUAGCCCCACUCUCCUUUUCCCCCGGUCUUCAUAACUGCCAUUCGUUCCCUCAUCCUUUCUUCCUCUCCGCGCUUUCGGUGUUGCCCCCCCGCCCUUCCGCACCAUGGAUGGAAUCAAGAACGCAUUCGCUCGCGCCAAGCAGGAGAAGCGUGCUGCUUUGGUAGCCUACUUCACCGCUGGAUACCCUACAAUUGAGGAGACUGUUGAUAUCCUCUUGGGCUUGGAAAAUGGAGGUGCUGACAUCAUCGAGAUGGGUGUUCCUUUCACCGACCCGAUUGCAGAUGGCCCGACUAUUCAGAAGGCGAACACUAAGGCACUGGCCAAUGGCGUCACGAUCCCCUGGGUAUUGGACACAGUUCGCUCUGCCAGAAGCAAAGGUCUUCGCGCCCCCGUUCUGUUGAUGGGUUACUACAACCCCCUCAUGCAGUAUGGAGAGGAGCGCAUGCUUCAGGACUGCAAGGCCGCUGGUAUCAACGGUUUCAUUAUGGUUGACCUGCCCCCGGAGGAAGCUGUUCGCUUCCGUGACUUCUGCACUAGCUAUGGCCUGUCCUACGUCCCCCUCAUCGCUCCCGCCACCUCCGAGUCUCGUAUGAAGCUCCUCUGCAAGAUCGCCGAUUCCUUCAUCUACGUCGUGUCCCGCAUGGGUGUGACCGGUGCCACCGGAUCCCUCAGUACGAACUUGCCCGACCUCCUGUCUCGUGUCCACACCUGGUCCGGCAAUGUGCCCACCGCGCUCGGCUUCGGGGUCAGCACCCGCGAGCACUUCCUCUCCGUUCAGAAUAUUUCCGAAGGUGUUGUGAUUGGUAGCCAGAUCAUCACCGUUCUCGGUGACGCCCCUGCCGGCCAGGCGGCUAAGCACGCUCAAGAGUACCUGACCAGCGUUACUGGUCGCAGACUCGAGAGAGACGCCCAGGGUCAGGUUUCCGGAUCUGUUCAUGUCCUGGAGCCCGUUCUGAAGGAGGCUCCUCCCGCCCUUUCUCAGCCCACCGACGUCAUCACCAAUGACGACACCCCCGAUGGCCCCGGCCUCGUCGAUCAGAUCGACGCCCUCAACGGCAGUGGUGACCCGGCCGCCAUUCCCUCGCGUUUCGGUGAGUUCGGCGGUCAGUAUGUCCCUGAAUCUCUCAUGGACUGUUUGGCCGAGUUGGAGCGCGGAUUCGAGACCGCCCGCAAUGACCCUAAGUUCUGGGAGGAGUUCCGCUCGUACUACCCUUACAUGGGCCGCCCCAGCAGCCUUCACCUGGCGAACCGCCUCACAGAGCACUGCGGUGGUGCAAACAUUUGGUUGAAGCGUGAAGAUCUCAACCACACUGGAAGCCACAAGAUCAACAACGCCCUGGGCCAGAUUCUUCUUGCUCGUCGUCUUGGUAAGACCAAGAUUAUUGCCGAAACCGGUGCCGGUCAGCACGGUGUCGCGACCGCCACCGUCUGCGCCAAGUUCGGUAUGCAGUGUGUUGUCUACAUGGGUGCCGAGGACGUGCGGCGCCAGGCGCUCAACGUGUUCCGUAUGAGAUUGCUCGGUGCGUCCGUCGUUGCGGUCGAUGCUGGCAGCCGUACCCUCCGUGAUGCCGUCAACGAAGCCCUGCGCGCCUGGGUUGUUGACUUGGACACCACCCACUACAUCAUUGGCUCUGCUAUCGGCCCCCACCCCUUCCCCACCAUCGUGCGCACCUUCCAGUCGGUCAUCGGUGACGAGACCAAGCAGCAGAUGAAGGAGUUGAUCGGCAAGCUCCCCGACGCGGUUGUGGCCUGCGUUGGUGGUGGCAGCAACGCCGUCGGCAUGUUCUACCCCUUCUCCAACGACCCCUCCGUCAAGCUUUUGGGUGUUGAAGCCGGUGGUGACGGCGUCGACACUGACCGCCACUCGGCCACCCUCUCCGGCGGCAGCAAGGGUGUCUUCCACGGUGUUCGCACCUACGUCCUCCAGGACAAGCACGGACAAAUCUCCGAGACCCACUCCAUCUCGGCUGGUCUGGAUUACCCUGGUGUUGGUCCCGAGCUCAGCAACUGGAAGGACAGUGACCGCGCCAAGUUCAUCGCCGCUACCGAUGCCGAGGCCCUUACUGGCUUCCGGGCGCUCGCUCAGCACGAGGGUAUCAUCCCCGCUCUGGAGUCGUCGCACGCCGUUUUCGGCGCCAUGGAACUCGCCAAGACCAUGAAGAAGGGCGAGAACAUUGUCCUCAACCUCAGUGGUAGAGGUGACAAGGAUGUCCAGAGUGUGGCCGAUGAAUUGCCGCGUUUGGGCCCGAAGAUUGGCUGGGACUUGAGGUUUUAGAUUCGGGGGGUUUUGUACCGUGCACAGACGUUGAGGGACGCAAAAGUUCAGGCUACCCAGAGGCAAAAUGACUGGGGGCCACCUCUUUUUGGUUGAUUGCGGGAUGAAUUGUUAUUUUGCCUGUGUAGAAUUUAGGAUAUACCUUGACCGUCUCACUUAUACACAGUAGAGAGUAUAGUGUUUUGUUUAUUGAUUGGACGGGUCUCUCUCUGCCUUGCUGCGUUUCGUAUACCUGAUGUUGUUUUGCAGUAACUAAUUACUCACUACUUGCUAUCACAUCUGCUCGUGGUUAUGGCUAUCUGAGUGUUACCCCUCCA